UAGCCAUGCCCACAUAUUUUUAUCGGAUUAGUGAAUCAAUUUUCUACAAGAUUAACUUCUCUUAAGUACUCCCAUUUUGUGUAUUCGGACUAAAACAAGGUUUAAACAAUUAUUAACUGCGGGCUACAGUUCGUAUAGCCUUUAACAGACAGCUCUGUUAGUUUAAAAUGUGUACGACAGAGGACGCAAGAAGAAUCGACUGUUUUCGUUUGUUAUCGCGUUUGAAUUUUGGUCCGGUUACCAAGGAAAACUAUGUUUGAUCAAUAAAAGAACGAAAGGAAAAAUGUCCUGCAUUUGUCUGGGUCCCAAGCGUUCGGGUAAGACCCACUUGCUGAAGGCUCUCCAGGAGCCGGACUCAAUCGACGAGACGAGCUACUCCAUGCCCACCAUAGGAACGGGAAUCUACCGCAUCCACUUUCCCACCAAGUCGCCGAACAGCGACAAACCCAAGCCCCCGCCAGCGGAUGGAGCCACCCAGGCGCACCACCACGGCGGGAAGAAGCAUCUGCCCAAGUCCAUCCAGAUCCUGGAGAUCGGCGGCAGCAUGGCUCCACUGUGGCGGCAGUACUUUGAGGAUGUGAAGAAGCUCAUCUAUGUGGUGGACACUUCCAAUCUCUGCCAGAUUUCGGCCGCUGGCGUGCUCUUCUACUCCAUCCUCACGGAGCCCCGACUGCAGAAGGUCAAGAUCCUGCUGGUGCUGGCAAAGAUGGACUAUUCUUAUCGGCAGAUGCGCAAUGAAGCUCUUCUCAUGCUGCAGAUGUCCAAGCUGCAGAAGCAGAUCCGCCAACAGGUGACCAUUGUGGAGGCCAGUGCGGUGACCAAAGUGGGUCUUGAUCCCAUCUACGAGUGGCUUCAGUGGCCAUAGAAGACGACUGUUGAAUAAAAUGUGGAUAUUUUUUAAAAGCA